GGCGGACGGAGGGAGGGCAGACAGCAGCACACCGGAUUCUUCAUGAGGGAAGAAGAGGCCAGGGACAGCCAGCCAGCCCCGGCUUCUCCUUCUCUUCUCUAAUAUAUCCCUCGUUUCGCUUUUGCAAGUCAGGCCCGAGCUAGGGGCCGCCUUGGGCUUCGUAGGAUGUCCCGUCAUGAAGGCGUGAGCUGUGACGCGUGUUUGAAAGGCAACUUCCGAGGCCGACGCUACAAAUGUUUAAUCUGCUACGACUACGACCUGUGCGCGUCGUGCUACGAGAGCGGCGCCACCACCACUAGACACACUACGGAGCACCCCAUGCAGUGUAUAUUGACACGGGUCGACUUUGACUUGUAUUACGGCGGAGAAGCGUUCUCGGUGGAACAGCCCCAGGCCUUCACGUGUCCAUACUGUGGCAGGAUGGGCUACACCGAGAUGUCCCUGCAGGAGCACGUGGCCGCGGAGCACACAGAGACCUCCACAGAAGUGAUCUGCCCCAUAUGUGCAGCACUGCCUGGCGGAGAACCCAAUCACGUGACAGACGACUUUGCUGCUCACCUCACACUUGAACACAGAGCACCCAGAGACCUGGACGAGUCGAGUGGCGUGCGGCAUGUGAGGAGGAUGUUCCACCCCGGGCGCGGACUGGGCGGCCCCCGCGCCCGCAGGUCCAACAUGCACUUCACCAGCAACACCACCGGGGGUCUCUCGACCAGUCAGAACUCUUCUCAGAGCUCCAGCUACAGCCGGGAGGCCAUGGACCCCAUCGCAGAGCUUUUAUCUCAGCUUUCGGGCGUGCGGCGCUCGGCGGGCGGGCAGCUCAGCUCGGGCCCGUCGGCGUCGCAGCUGCAGCAGCUCCAGAUGCAGCUCCAGCUUGAGCGGCAACAGGCUCAGGCGGCGCGCCAGCAGCUGGAGACGGCGCGCAACGCCACGCGCGGCGGCCGCGCCAACGCCAUCCUCAACGCCAACUCGGCUGCCGCCAAUAACUCCAACCUGAGCGCCAACCACAACAGCAACCCCGGAAACAACGCGGGCCCUUCAGAGACCCACCCCCAGCACACGGCACACAGCUCCCACUUUCUACUCAGCAGGCUGAGCGAAGCACGCGUGUCCGAAGCGGAGCGUCAGGCGUGCGAAGCGCAGUGGGCGGACAGGAGCUUGUUUGUGACGGAGCUGCUUCUGUCCACGCUGCUGGCGGACCACCAGCAACACCGCGACGACAUUGACGACGACAUCUCCGCCGAUCGCCGCUGUUCCGGAUCGCUGCGCAACUUCGCUGACUUCCAGUCCAUGGGCUGCGUGGAGGUGAUGACGCUGGACGUGGCGCUGGAGAAUCUCAACCUCAAGGAGAGUGGCGCCGCGCCCCCGCCUGCCAAGAAAGAGCCCCCAGCCCCAUCCCUUUGAUGGCGCAAAAAGACUGCGCUUCUUUUUUUUUUUUUUAACCCCUCUUUUGUUUCUUUUUACUCCUCACUGAUUUUGUCAUUUCAGACCCCCCCAUGUCAGUGUUUACGUGGAAUACGAGUUAGACGAGUGAAUGUGAGAGAGAAGUAUAUAAAUCUAUUAUAAUUAAAAAAGAGACAAAACAAAUCUAUAUGAAAGCUGAUAAUCACUUAACUCACACUUUGGCCAUGAGAGGAGGCUUUAUAAAAAACACACAAAAAAACUGCUGUUACAAGCUAAUACGCAUGAUCAAGCUUCAUGUACACAGUCUGAUUGACAGCCGCACUCGUGUCGCCCUCUUCCUGUGUCACCCAGCUUUCUAAUAACUCUGGACAAACUACAAUACUUUCUAUCAGACACACCCACUCACUCGGACCUUUUUGUGUGUGUGUACGCAGUCUCCACACCUUGCGAAUGCAAAGAGGACUCUGAAGGGGGAAAAACCUGUAUGCUUUUUUUUUUUUCUACCCCGCUAACUUCUGUCCUCGCUCCGAUGGAUCUGUGUUAGGCCUCAUGAAGAAGACGUGCAAUGUGUGAACUUUCGGGCUCAUUCGACUUUUCAGUGUGGACCACAAUAAACAUGUUUUGGAUGGAA